AUGCGAUGUCUGCUGUACGCUUUGAAGGCCAGAGAUAAUAAGCAGACGCUGCUGGCCACGGCCAUGAAAACACGCUCGCGUCGUCAAAUCCAGGCCAACGCUCAGAAAUACCCCACACUGAAGAACCUGGCGCAGGAGCUCAUCAACCUCUUGAAGAAACAAGUAGGACUGGGGCAGUUCUCGCUGGCCUUCUCAGAAGUCCAGAGGCAGUUCACGUCCAGGCGGGUUGCUCGCAAGCGACACCGAGCUCUGCAGGCGGUGGCAAACCCCGACAUCGCCGCUAAGAAGAAAAUGAAGAAGCACCAGAGUAAAAUGGAGGCCAAAAAGAGGAAGAUAGAGAUCCUUCGGCCUGGAUAUAAAGCAAAGAAGCACCGCAGCCACGCUCUCAAAGACCUGGCCAUGGUGCAGUGAGUCCAUGUUGGAGUCUAAGUCUCCCAAUGACCACUUCCUGUCAACUCAUGUACAUUAUUUAUCAUGUGCAGUCCUCUCUUUUUAUAUGAAUCAUCCCAACACAAUUGUUACAAUCACCAAAAAGUCUUUUACUGUGGAUCAUUUUCACUGUACAAGCAGAUAUAAAUAUGCAACCAUAAAACUGUUGUCUGUAAAUGGAAAAGGUGAUUAAACUACUAGAAAUGUGCACAUUACUAAAUCAUGAAGGGAAAAUAAGCAGGAAAAGGAAGACAGGUGGCCUGGGACUUGUAGUGUUGGCUAUGAGGGAGUGGAUUUAUGGUACAACACUGCCUCCUAGUGGAGAUGUAUGGCAUGAUGUUCUUCCAUGCAACUAACAUGACCCUUAAAUGUACUUGUGAUCUGCUCAGCUCAUGAUUCUCUCACACACACACAAUUAUAAAUGAGGCCUUUUCAGUCCAAGGUUUGGCCAGACUAGACCGGAAAGUGAGGUCAGUCACAAGGAAGGGUCAAAGUUCAGAAGUAUUUACAAAACGGGUGGGUCUUCUUUUUUCUUUACUGCCGACUCUUGAGCGAAUCCACUAGCCUGUGAAGAAACAAAAAGGUAUUUAAACGAGGCCUUCAUGCUUGUAACAUUGUAGCUAGAGAUGUCCGAUAAUGGCUUUUUUGCCGAUAUCGUCAAACUCUUAAUUGCCGAUACCCAUAUAUACAGUGGUGGAAUCAACACAUUAUUAUGCCCCGCUGGAUGCAUUAAACAAUGUAACAAGGUUUUCCAAAAUAAAUCAACUCAAGUUAUGGCAAA